GUCGAGGAGAUCUGGGUCUACCCGGUCAAGAGCUGCAAGGGCGUGCGCUACUACAGCGCCAGGCUCGACGCGCAGUGCGGCCUCGAGCGCGCGCCGGCGAACGACCGGCGCUGGAUGGUCGUCGACGCCGACGGCGUCUUCGUGAGCCAGCGGCGCUUCCCGAAGCUCUGCCUCGUCGCGCCGAGCCUCCCGGCCGAGGCGCCCGGCGCGCUCCGCCUCGAGGCGCCGGGCAUGCCGCCGAUCGACGCGCCCGUCGUCGACGACGGCCCGCGCGUCGCCUGCCGCGUCUGGGGCGACAGCGUCGAGGGCGUCGACCAGGGCGCGACGGCGGGCAAGUGGGUCUCCAAGUUCCUCCGGUGCCGCGGCUGCCGGCUCGUCCGCAUGCCCGACGGCGCGACGCGGCAGGUCGACCGCAAGUACGCGCCCAAGCGGACCUCCACGGCCUUCUCCGACGGGUGCGUGUUCCCGCUGCUCGUCGCCGCGACGGAGUCGCUCGCGGACCUCAACGCGAGGCUCGAGAAGAAGAAGGCGCCGCCCGUGCCCAUGGACCGCUUCCGGCCGAACCUCGUCGUCGCCGGC